AUGCAAAUACAUCAAUUGAUAACAUCGAAUACAAUAAAAAGUUUAAGAACAGAAAUUUCAAAUAUUCAAUUAGAAGUUACGAAAAAUAAUCAAAAACAAAUUCAACUUUUAUCUAUUAUUAAUAAUUUACGUAAAUCACAUCGAUAUAACCAAGAAGAACCAUAUGCAGGUAAUGAUGAUUGUUGUUCUGAACUACUAUCAACAAUGACAAAUUCAACAUGUACAGAUGAAUCAAAAAAUUUGUCUCGUGUUCAACAUCUUGAACAAUAUCAACAAACAUAUUUCUCAUUUAAUAAACCAAAUGUAUUAUCUUUAUUAAACUACAAUAAUAAUGCACCAACAACUCAUCAAGUUCAUUCUUACGUCCUAAAGAAUAUAUCAGAUAAAACAAAUAUAUUUCCAAACCAAGAUCAAAUCUUAUCAUCAAAUGGGUUUCUAUCUCAAUCAAACGACAAUCUUAAACAACCAAUUAUUAUGCAAGGUCAUCUUAAUAAUCAACCUGUGACUUUAUUUAAUAUAUCGGCUGUUGAAUUAAUUACUAUAUUAAAACAACUUCAUAUUAAACGUAAUUCAUUAGAUAAAUCAUAUAAAAAUAUUCUUGAACUAUUAUCUAAUCGAGAUAAUCAAUUGAUAGAAAUUAAUUCAAUAUUAAAGAAAUAUAUGGAACAAUUACAAAUUAUUGAAAGUUUAAAAUAUAUUGAAGAUAUUAUACAAAAUCAAAAUUGGAAUGAAAUAUAUAAGUCUAUAUUACAUAUUAAAUCACGUUCAUUGUUUAUAUCUAAAGUAAAACAAAAAAGGAAAUAUGAUUAA